GGGGUGGGUAGGCGGGAGGGGGAAAGGUGGCUUCCCUGACCAAUAGCACCUCAGUGUCUAGGGUUGUUCCUGGACCGCCGCCCUCGUGUCAGGUGCCGCGCGCACUGGUGGCGGGACGCUGCCCGUGCAGCCUCGGUGGACGGGAGCGAGCUGCAACCUCCAGGGGACGACAUGCCAACUGCCAAGCAACUAGCUGACAUUGGCUACAAGACUUUCUCCGCCUCCAUGAUGCUCCUUACUGUGUAUGGGGGCUACCUCUGCAGUGUUCGAGCCUACCACUUUUUCCAGCGGCGCAUGUCCCGGCGCCAGGCUGCAGAAGAACAGAAGACCUCAGGAGACCUAUAGAACUGGGGCUCUUCUCCUUGACCAGAGAGGCCUGAGGCAUGCUGUGGAAAGAGCUCACCAACAAUCAUCCAAAUCAAGAGAACCAGGGCCUUAAUGGUUUUCAAGUCCUGCUGGGGAUCAGUGCCCAUUGUGUUCUCUGGAACUGCCAUAUAAGGAGGCUAUCAAAUCGUAACAGGAAUUGGGGCAGGGGAAGGCACAUGUACAGACAUUAAAUAUUUUGUCAUGU